AUGGGUGUGCAGCAGCAGCAGCAGCAGCAGCCUGGGGUGAGGGGUCAGAGCAGAUGGGAGCAGCCCCGAGGGGACAGCUGGGCCUUGAGAACCUCCCGGGAAAGCCGGUUCCUGCCGGUGGAGGCCGGCACAGAGCUGCGGUGUGCCGAGGAGGAGUUCCAGGUGAUUGGGCCCUCAGAACCCAUUGUGGCAGUGCUGGGUGGUGAUGCCACACUGCGCUGCUCCGUGGUCCCAGCCAUGAAUGUGAAAAACAUGGAGCUGAGGUGGUUCCGGACCACAUUCACAGAUUCCGUGUUCACCUAUCGGAACCAGAGGGAGCAAAAGGAGGAGCAGAUGGCUGAGUAUGCAGGGCGGACCUCACUGGUGAUGGACUUUCUUGACCACGGGGAGGCUGCCGUGAACAUCCAUGAGGUCCGGGUUUCUGACAAUGGGAUGUAUAAUUGCUUCUUCAAAAUGGGAAGCUUCUUUGAAGAGACCAAUUUGGAGCUGAAGGUGGCAGGGGUGGGCUCUGCCCCUCAGGUGCACGUUGAGGGUCCAGAAGAAGAUGGAGUCCGUGUGGUAUGCAGGGCCUCUGGGUGGUUCCCAAAGCCCCAGGUUCAGUGGAGAGACGUCAGUGGAAAGAAGAUCUUGGCAUUCUCUGAGGCCCACAUGCAAGAUGCCGAUGAGCUAUUCAGUGUGGAGGCCACUCUGGUGGUGAGAGACCGCUCCAUGGGGAAUGUGACCUGCUCCAUCCUCAACCCUGUCCUGGGCCAAAAGAAGGCCAUGGCCAUUUUUAUUCCAGAGCCCUUCUUCCCACAGGCCUCUCCCUGGAAGCCAGCUUUUGCUGUGAGCCUGACCGUGAUGGGGCUCCUACUCUUUGGGGCUGUGUAUUUUCUCCAUAGAGAACAUUCUGAAAAGCUGCAGGUACAGCAGGAAGAGAAGAAUCUGAAGUUGGCUAAGGAGGAGGAUAAGAUAACAAAGGAGCAGGCGCAGAAGGUGAACGAUGAACUCCAGGCAGAACUUGGUCAGAGGAAGGCAGCCUACCUGGCUGCCUGGAGGAAGGCACAGCUGUACGCAGAUUGGCGGAAGGAACAGUUCCAGGCUUUGUCUGUCACCCUGGAUCCAGGAUCUGCCCACCCCAGCAUUGACAUCGCACCCGGAAAGACAAGUCUCACCUGGAAGGAACCCGGUGGGAGCGACACCUGCAGUGUGUUGGGCCUCGAGGGCGUCAGAGCGGGAAGGUGUUACUGGGAGGUGGAGAUUACGAAGGGAGACAGCAGCGAGUGGACCGAAUGGACCGUGGGGGUCUGUAGGGAAGAUGUCAAAAGGACAGGCUGGUAUAAGGAGUCCCUGGAGAAGGGGUUCUGGGUCGUGGGAUGGGGGAAAAGUGGAUGUUUCACCUAUGUUAAAUCUGACACUGUGCUUCCUCUCGAGCAAUCUCAGGAUGGCCGCAGGGUGGGGGUUUUCCUGGACUAUAGCGAAGGGGACGUCUCCUUCUACGACAUGACCGAUGGGUCCCACAUUUUCUCUUUCCCUCCGGCUUCCUUUUCUGGAACUCUCUUUCCAUACUUCAGCUUUCUGCGUGGCUCUGUGUCCUUGACCAUCUGCUCCCCUGAGAGUGGGUCUUUGGGGCUGCCUGCACCCCUUCACAACCGUCCUUCCGUAAAGGAGACUCUGAGGCCCUCUGGGGAAGGACUCAGCUCAGGCGCUGAUGUGGGCGAUGUUGCCCCAGGGGUAGAAUCCCCACUACUCCCCGGCACCCUGAGGGCUGCGAUCCCAUAGAGCCCUCACUGUCCUUGAGCGCUCUGGCUUUUCCUAGGUCGGCAUACUCCCUGUUGCAAAAGCCGCCGAGCUGCAGCCGGUGCUACAGGAGCUUUAGCUUCCUGCUCUGUAUUCAGACUCCCUGCUGUGUGGUUAGGAGCGUUAAUCAGCUCUUGUGUGUGUUCAGAGAAUAGAAGAUAAAAGUUGACUGUUUUCUGAACUGGGUUAGGGUAGGGUGACUUUAACUGUGAGUACUUGUAGAUAUUAGUAGAUAGUAAAAGGCAUUUCAUGGAGUUUUUCUAUUGUUUGUAUAUGAAAAUGGCUGAAGGCUGGAUUAUCGUGCAAUACAAAGGGGAGCUCACUUUAUUGCUCUGGAGUAUAAGAAGAUGGACACAGAGGUUGAGCGUGCUGCCCAGACCUACUUUUGCAGAUCUAUCUAAUAAUGAAGGUUUGCUGUCCAUACAUUUCCAGGGAAAUGAAUGAGUGAUAGACUUUUCAGAAGACAGGACUCCAGUACUCUGUGUUAUAUGCUUCUCGUGGAUGAAUACAACACACCUAUUUUUCCAAACUUCAGUAAAUUUUUGUUACCAGUGAGAAAGUUCUGUAUUAACCACUAGACAGUUUACCGUGAGGGUCACUUGGGCAGCUUGUUUAUGUACUGACUAUCCCGAGUGUCACUUGGGCAGGUGUCAUUUCAACCCAUUGGUUUGCACGAGAUACCCUUGUAUGUCUAUUUGUUUUAUAUUAACUAUUUUUGCAUAUUUUAAAAAAUUUAGAAUGUGUUCACUUUUGUUUUUAGUGAAAUCUAAUAAUAAAUUCUGUUUAUUUUCUCUUACUAAUUCAUGUUUAAUUUGUGAAAAAUAACUGAUGAAAUCAUUUUUGAACAU